AGGCCACUGUCUCUGGGCGGGCCGUGGGAGGCUCCAGAGGUGGGGGCCGGGCCGGGAUGGCAGCAUCGGCGGCCGGUGCUGGGGCCGGGGCUUGGGCGGCCCAAGAGAAGCAGUUCCCGCCGGCGCUGCUGAGUUUCUUCAUUUACAAUCCGCGCUUUGGGCCGCGCGAGGGAGAGGAGGAAAAUAAAAUUUUGUUUUAUCAUCCAAAUGAAGUAGAAAAGAAUGAAAAAAUUAGAAAUGUUGGGUUAUGCGAAGCUAUUGUACAAUUUACAAGGACCUUUAGUCCGUCAAAACCUGCAAAAUCUUUACAUACACAGAAGAAUAGACAGUUCUUCAAUGAACCAGAAGAAAAUUUCUGGAUGGUCAUGGUUGUUCGGAAUCCUAUAAUUGAAAAACAAAGUAAAGAUGGAAAACCAAUUGUUGAAUACCAAGAGGAAGAACUUUUGGACAAGGUCUAUAGUUCAGUGCUACAACAGUGCUAUAGCAUGUACAAGCUUUUUAAUGGGACAUUUUUGAAAGCCAUGGAAGAUGGAGGUGUCAAGCUCUUAAAAGAAAGAUUAGAGAAAUUCUUCCAUCGGUAUUUGCAAACUCUACAUUUACAGUCAUGUGACCUACUUGACAUAUUUGGUGGAAUCAGCUUCUUCCCAUUGGAUAAAAUGAGUUAGAUGAAAAUCCAGGCCUUUAUUAACAGAAUGGAGGAAAGCCUGAACAUAGUUAAAUACACUGCGUUUCUCUAUAAUGAUCAGCUCAUCUGGAGUGGAUUAGAACAAGAUGACAUGAGAAUUUUAUACAAAUACCUCACCACCUCUCUGUUUCCCAGGCACAUCGAACCUGAGUUGGCAGGAAGGGAUUCUCCAAUAAGAGCAGAAAUGCCAGGAAAUCUUCAACAUUAUGGAAGAUUUCUUACUGGACCCUUGAACCUUAAUGAUCCAGAAGCAAAAUGCAGAUUCCCCAAAAUUUUUGUAAAUACAGAUGACACUUAUGAAGAGCUCCAUUUAAUUGUUUAUAAGUGUAAGGGAACAUGUGAAGUCAGCUCAGGGAAGAACAUGUAGCAAAGGCUGGAAGUCACCAGGCAUGAGCACAAGUUGUCCUCUCCCAGUGGAGUCCUGCAGACAGCACAGCACCUACUUCUGUGGCACAGUUGUGUGAAGUGUGUGGAGUGAUGCCCUCCAGGGAGUUCACCUGUACCUCCACGUCUGAAUCAGGGAUUGGCUACAUAGACGCAGUUGGCUCCAUAUGGCUGACCUCAUCUCCAGCCUGCAGGGGUCAGGAUAAUACUGCAGAGGCUGUGGUGAUGAAGGAUGUGGCCUGUAGUUUUCUUACGUCAUAAUAACUUUGUCUGGUUUUGCUAUCAAGAUGAUGUUAUCUUCAUAGAAUGAGGAGGUAAAUGUUCCCUUCUCUCAUUUUUGGGAAGAUUUCCUGAAGAGUUGGUGUUAAUUCUUUAAAUAUUUGGUAAAUUCAUAAUACAGCCAACUGUACCAGGGCUUGCCUUUGUGAGAAAUGUUAAAAUACUGGUCUCUUCACUUGUUACUGGUCUGAUUUUCUAUUUCUUCUGGAGACAGUUUGGUAGUCUGUGUCUUUCAAGGAAUUUGUCAGUUGCAUUGAGUUUUUCCAUUUGUGGGUGUGCAGUGGUUUCUAGUGGGAUACGAUGCCUUUGCUACUUUCUUUUCCAGUAAAGUCAGUAGUGAUGUUUGUUUUUAUUCCUGAUUGUUGUCAUUUGAGUCCCCACCCCAUCCUCAAUCUCCAGUCUAGCAAGAGAUUUCAGUGUUGUUGAUCAUGCCAGAGAAACACUGUUUGGCUUCAUUUAUAGUCUCUUGUUGUCUGUUCUCCCCCCUGUGUGAUUGACUUCUGCUCAGAUCAUCAUUAUCUUCCUUCAUAUUUGCUUCAAGUUCAGUUUUCUCUGUUUUCCAGGGUCUUAAGGUGGAUGAUUAGGUUAUUGAUUUGAGACUUUCUUCUUUAUAACAUUAGUUUAAAGUUUUGAAAGACUGUCAUUGUUCAUACUGGAUUUUUUUUUAACACUGCAUUGCUAUGAUAAAUUUUAAAUUUAAACAUUUGGGUUAUUUAUUAUCUUGUUUGUUGUAAAUUGCUAUUACUUGCCUAAUGUCAUAACUGCAAUUAUUUGCUGGAAUGAAGUAAGAUAAGAUAACUUCAAUUUAUAGUCUUUUAUUAAUGGAAACUGUCAAGUACACAUAGACUAGAAUGAUGAAACCCCAAGUACCUGUCACAGAGCUUAAUCAAUA